CAGUUCCGAGGGCUCAUAAUGGCGGUCGGCAAAAAUAAGAAAAUGGGCAAGAAGGGAGCGAAGAAGAAGAUAGUGGAUCCGUUCACUCGUAAGGAAUGGUAUGAUAUCAAAGCACCAUCGAUGUUCACUAAUCGUCAAGUCGGCAAAACUUUGGUGAAUCGUACACAAGGAACAAAGAUAGCGAGCGAAGGACUGAAAGGACGUGUCUUCGAGGUGUCUUUGGGCGAUUUGAACAACUCUGAAUUCGACUUCCGUAAAUUUCGACUGAUCUGCGAAGAUGUUCAAGGCAGAAAUUGUCUUACGAACUUCCACGGAAUGAAAUUCACGAGGGAUAAACUCUGCUCAAUUGUUAAGAAGUGGCACACGCUGAUCGAAGCAAACGUAGCUGUGAAGACAUCGGACGGCUAUUUGUUGCGACUGUUCUGUAUCGGUUUCACGAAGAAAGUGGUCGGUCAGAUCAAGAAGACAAGCUAUGCGAAAUCGUCAAAGAUUAGGCAGAUUCGUGCCAAGAUGGUUGAGCACAUGCAAAAGGAGGUUCAAGGAAGUGAUUUGCGUGAAGUUUGUAACAAGUUGAUCCCCGACUCAAUCGGCAAAGAUAUCGAGAAAGCAUGUGCGUACAUUUAUCCGCUGCAAGAUGUAUACAUUCGUAAGGUGAAGAUUCUAAAGAAGCCAAAGUUCGAAGUAGGACGUUUAAUGGAGAUGCAUGGUGAUGUGAGCUCAUACACGAAUGCUGAAGGUGAAAAAGUCGAUAGACCUGACGAUUAUGAGCCACCAGUUCAAGAGAGUGUUUAA